GAUGAUACAUGCAUCAGGGGGCGGCCGGCCAACCAGUAGUCGUCGAUCGAUCACAUUAUGUCCCACAUCGCGGUGGAGCGCAACCGGCGGCGUCAGAUGAACGAGCAUCUCAAGGUGCUCCGGUCCCUGACGCCCGGUCUCUACAUCAAGCGCGGCGACCAAGCAUCCAUCAUCGGCGGCGCCAUCGAGUUCAUCAAGGAGCUGCAGCAGGUGCUGGAGUCGCUGGAGGCCAGGAAGAAACGGCGCAGCAGCGGCGGCGGCCACAGCUUCCUUACGGGUAGCCCCAGCCCCACGCCCAGCCCGCGCUCCCACCUCCUCUCCUCCGUUUCCACCCCGUCGCCGCCUGUCAUGAUCAAGGAGCUCGCCGCCUGCUGCAACUCCGCCGUGGCCGACGUCGAGGCCAAGAUCUCCGGCUCCAACGUCCUGCUGCGCACGCUCUCCCGCCGCAGCAGCAUCCCCGGACGACAGGCCGUCAGGCUCAUCGCCGUGCUGGAGGGCCUCCACCUGGAGGUGCUCCACCUCAACAUCAGCACCAUGGAAGACACCGUCCUCCACUCCUUGGUGCUCAAGAUCGGCCUCGAGUGCCAGCUCAGUGUUGAGGAUCUUGCCUACGAGGUGCAGCAGAUCUUCGGUCAGGACACGGCCGAGCAGAAGCCGCAGGAGGAGAAUCAUAAUCAGCAUAUCAUAUACUCGUCAGCCAUGGCCGCCGCCAUAUAAUUAACAUAAUAACAAAUGCAUGGCUCCAUCCAUUUGCUUACUUAUAUGAAGUAUGUAGCCAGCUAGCUCGCUGUAUUUGUGUCCUUCCUUCUCUUGCUAUAUAUCCUUCAAGCGCAUGCAUGCAUGGGCAUGGUAUAACACAUAGUGAAGUAGAGCUAUCUAGCUUUACCUUUUUUACGUCGUCGUCGUGAUUAUGCUGAUACUAA